AUUUCAGGGUUUGAGGGCUCCCCAUUCUAAGUCAUGUCUCCUGCCCUCUUCCUUGGCCUGCGUAGGCUGAGGUGUUCCUGUGGUGGGCGAAAGUCAGUACGUUGGCUAGUGGCCUUGGUACUUAACCCUUUGGGUCUGUUUUAAGGUAAAUUGCUGGGAGUUUGGCUGGCAAAAAUUUCUGUUUACUGGAUUUCUUUUGGAUUUUCUCUCAAGAAGGAAGUGGAAGAAGAAGCUUUGCUUUUUCCCUCUUCCUCCAUUUGCAUUCUUUGUGAGGUCUGUCUGCCUUGUGCUUUUUGUCCCGGAUUAGUCUUAUUCAAGGAUGGAGAUUCCCAGGAGUGGAGUCUAUAGCUUUUGGCUUCCAUUAAGCAAAUUCGCUAACCUUUUAAAGGGAAAGUUAAUUUUUGCCUACAGCUAUUCCAGAAAAAUAACGUACACUGACUAGAUGAAUUAUGCACUUAAGAUUGUGACUUGCGUGUAGUAGAUGUGUUAUAACUGAUAUUUGAUUUUUAGAUGAAACUGGUGGGUUUUUUGUUUGUUUUUGUUUUUUAAUUAAGAGAUGAAGUAAUAGGUUAUUUUAGUUAAAAUAGGUUAUUUUAAUUAAAAUCUCAUAACUGAGGAAAAAACCUCUAGUAUUGAGUUUUGGGUGAGAUGAUCUGUUUAAGGUUUUUCCUUUUCUGGGUUGGAGUAACCCUCUCCCUUUUGAGGGAUAUUACUGCUCCCUUUACUCAUUCGCCAGUUGCUUUCCUAUUUAAAUGAAGGUACUUCUAAUUAACUGGUGUUAGAUUUAAAGAAAUCACUCAAGUGUCACCUUUGGUAAAGUGAACUCAGUUUAAGAUUAAGAAACUAGUUUCAAACUGACCCUUUGGCCUCUGGAACAAAUUCAAAUGUAACUCUUCCCCAACCCCCUUCUCUUCCAGAUUAAUUAAAAGAAGAAUGAACAGUAAUCCUUGAAGAUAAAUGGGCAGAUUUUUCUUUAGGUUUCAUUUUUAAUCACUGAAAUUCAAGUGGAGUCAGAGUCUCUUGUUACUGGUGUGAGGGUUUAUUCAAGCCUUCAUUUUGUCCACACAGACCAACAGAUCAUCAUUUUUAGAGAAGAUAUUCCCCCCCCCCUUUUUUUGGUGUCCUUGGUGCCAAAUACUAAAUUUGGGUGUAUAAUUUGACACAAGUGAUUUUUGACACAAGCAUAAACGUUUUGGGUUUUGUGCCUAAAACCAAACCAAACUGUUGCAUUGAACAUGGACAUCUUGAAUUGAGAGAAGUGGUAACUUUAUUUUAGUACAUAUACCUGGAGAUUAAAAAAAACAAAACCAAAAGGUUUCCUUGGAGGUGUGCCUCUUAAAAUUAUUUUCUUUGCUAUUAGACAUAAUUUUUUUUAUAGCACUGGUAGUGCUUAUACUGAAGUAUUAGCAGAACCAAACAAAGUUGCAAAAUCUAUUGAGUAGUGUAGGGAUCUCUUUGGAAAUUUAAAUUUUCUUUGAGAAUAAGUUACCAUAAGUAUUGGUAUACAUCAAUUCUCUCUCUUAAAAUAAGCAACUAAAUAAUAAUGCAAAUUUCAGACUUACUUGUUUAACACAAUAGUUUUUAGCAAUGGAAAACCUACAGACGAAUUUUUCUUUGGUUCAGAGCGCAAAUAAAAAAUUGAAUGGGAUGGAAGAUGAUGGCAGCCCUCCAGUGAAAAAGAUGAUGACAGACAUUCAUGCAAAUGGAAAAAUGAUGAUAAACAAGUUGCCAACAGUAAAGAAGGAACACUUGGAUGACUAUGAAGCACCAAUGGAAACCAAUGAAGAGCAUGUCAAGAGGACCUGCCCCUCUGUGCCUGAACCUUUACAUUUAAAUCCUAGUUUGAAACAUACUUUGGCCCAAUUCCAUUUAAGUAGUCAGAGCUCUUUGGGUGGACCAGCAGCCUUUUCUGCUCGGUAUUCCCAAGAAAGCAUGUCACCUACGGUAUUUCUGCCUCUUCCAUCUCCUCAGGUUCUUCCUGGUCCACUGCUCAUCCCUUCUGAUAGCUCCACAGAACUCACCCAGACUAUGUUGGAAGGGGAGUCUAUUUCUUGUUUUCAGGUUGGAGGAGAAAAGAGACUCUGUUUGCCCCAAGUCCUAAAUUCUGUUCUCCGAGAAUUUUCACUCCAACAGAUAAAUACAGUGUGUGACGAAUUGUACAUCUAUUGCUCAAGAUGUACAUCAGACCAGCUUCAUAUCUUAAAGGUCCUGGGAAUACUUCCAUUCAAUGCCCCAUCCUGUGGGCUGAUCACAUUAACUGAUGCACAAAGACUAUGUAAUGCUUUAUUGCGGCCACGCACCUUUCCUCAAAAUGGUAGUAUACUACCUGCAAAAAACUCAUUGGCCCAGUUGAAGGAAACUGGCAGUGCCUUUGAAGUGGAACAUGAAUGCUUGGGCAAAUGUCAGGGUUUAUUUGCACCCCAGUUUUAUGUCCAGCCAGAUGCUCCAUGUAUUCAGUGUCUGGAGUGCUGUGGAAUGUUUGCGCCCCAGACAUUUGUGAUGCAUUCUCACAGAUCGCCGGACAAAAGGACUUGCCACUGGGGCUUUGAAUCAGCCAAAUGGCAUUGCUAUCUUCAUGUGAACCAAAAAUACUUGGGGACACCUGAAGAAAAGAAACUGAAGAUAAUUUUAGAAGAAAUGAAGGAGAAAUUUAGCAUGAGGAACGGGAAGAGGGCUCAAUCCAAGAUAGAUACACCGCCAGGAAUGGAAUUGCAGUCAUGGUAUCCAGUUAUAAAACAGGAAGGUGACCAUGUCUCUCAGACACAUUCAUUUUUACAUCCCAGCUACUACUUAUACAUGUGUGAUAAAGUGGUUGCCCCAAAUGUGUCACUUACUUCAGCUGUACCCCAGGCUAAAGAGAUCACAAAAACAGAGGCAAACAAAUCUAUACCAAGACAGUCAGAGAAGCCUCACAGUAGUGGGAAACAUCAAAAAAUAGUGUCUUAUCCAGAUGUCUCUCUGGAGGAACAGGAGAAAAUGGAUCUAAAAACAAGUAAAGAAUUAUAUAGCUGCCUAGAUCCAUCAGUCUCAAAUAAUUCUACCAGCAAAAAGAAACCUGAGUCUACCACUUGCAGCUUAGCCAGAGACACAAGCAAGUCAGGAACUGACUGUGAUGUUGCAGCUUCAUCUCCACUUCUUGUCAAAGAUGUCGUUUGUGAGGAUGAUAAGGGAAAAAUCAUGGAAGAAGUAGUGAGAACUUACGUAAAACAACAGGAAAAACUGAACUCAAUUUUACAGAAGAAGCAACAACUUCAGAUGGAAGUUGAAAUGUUGAGUAGUUCAAAAGCUAUGAAGGAACUUACUGAAGAACAGCAGAAUUUACAGAAAGAGCUUGAAUCUCUGCAGAAUGAACAUGCUCAAAGAAUGGAAGAAUUUUAUGUUGAACAGAAAGACUUAGAGAAAAAACUAGAGCAGGUAAUGAAGCAAAAAUGUACCUGUGACUCAAAUUUAGAAAAAGAUAAAGAGGCUGAAUAUGCAGCACAGCUGGCAGAGCUGAGACGGAGAUUGGACCAUGCUGAGGCUGAUAGGCAGGAACUCCAAGAUGAACUCAGACUGGAACGGGAGGCAAGACAGAAGUUAGAGAUGAUGAUAAAAGAGCUAAAGCUGCAAAUUUUGAAAUCAUCAAAGACUGCUAAAGAAUAGAAACCUUCAAAGAAAUCCAUCUGUGUAUUCCCAACAGGGUUUAUUUUUAUUUGUUUGUUUACUUUGGUAAAUGGAUUCUGAACAAUUUAUCUGCAUGAAAUAACUAGGCAUUCUAUCCAUUUGUAGAUCAGAGAAAGUGAAGAGAUUAUAUAUUAGUAUAUAAAUUUUUACAUUUUCCAAAUGAAUGAAAAUGUAUGUUUCUUUGUACUUUUCUUUUCAACCAGCUUCAGAUCAGUACUUUGCAGUUUCAACUAUUAGAUACGAUGCCUAUAUUUCUAAUGCAGUUUAACAGUUGCAUACUUUUUAAAAGCUGCAUUGUGUGAUGGAAAAUAGUUUUGAUCAAUUUUGUUAUCCAUAUUUUAGACUCAAUUUUAGAUACAAUGGUGGCUUCAUAUUUCAUAUAUAGAGCUACUCAAGGAGUUUUCCAUUUUUUUCAUUAACACAAUCUCCUUUCUAAGUUGAAAGUAUACUCAUUAUUAUAAUCAAAAUUUUUUAUUUUGUUUCGUCUUGUGGCAUGAGUUUCCACCAGUUCCUUUCUAUUUAAUGUCUCUUAAGAGACAUUUUGUCAGUAGAGGAAUUUCAUUGAUGAGGUUAUAGCACACCCCAAGGGGAAAGAUAAUAUGCUUUCUUUUUUUUUUUUUUUAGAUUAAAAUUCUUUUUUAUUUUUUUUUAUUUUUUUAUUAGUUGGAGGCUAAUUACUUCACAGAUAAUAUGCUUUCUUAUACACUGCUGCUAAACUCAAGAAGCAGUUGUAAUUAGAUUUUCUGUUUAAAUGUGGUUAUACUUAGAGAAAAUUUUUUAUGCAGCAACUUUCGAAGAGGGAAUAAAAUGUCAUAAUUUUUGAACUUUUGUUUAUGUUAAUAGUGAAAUUGUGAAAAUAUUAAUGUACUUGAGAAAAACUGAUACCAUUGAUGUACAUCGGUUUCUAUAUAAUCCAUAAUCCUGUACAGUUUUUAUAUGUAGUUGUGAGUCUUACUGAAAUUUAUAUAAUGGAUUUGUUUUCCUUUAAAUUGUAAGAUAUUAAACACUUUGAAGGUUAUUUUGGACUUUUGUAUGUUUAAAUGUUAAGUCUUACCAAAUGUGCACGAAUGGACCAUUUUCAGUUAUUAUUUAAUAUCAAAAUCAGGAAUUUACAGUCAACUAGUAGUGUAUGAUAGGUUAAUAUAGGGAAGUUUACUUAUCUGCUACUAAGAGGUUUUUAGAUAGUUUUUAGAAGACAGGAAUUCCAUAGUUUGGGGAGGGACAACUUCUUCUGCACUUUUUUUUUUUUGCACAGAAAAGUCUGUCAUUCUUUAAUGGCAAAUUUCAUGUUAGUUAAUUCUUGGCUUAAAAGAUACUAGGUAAAAUUCUUAGUAUGCAUUUUUUAAAAGAAAUUUUCCUGAAGCUACCGUUAAUUGACAUUAUUAUCCCAUGAAUUUAAUUUUUAUAUUCUUGUUUAUGGUACUAUAUGAAAUUACUUGAGAGCUAAAUUUAUUUUUUAAAUAAAUCAGCUAAAGUUAAGGUUUACUCUUCCCAUCAUAGACAGUAGAUGCUUGGUAUAGAACUUCAAAAGUAAGUAGGUUAUCAUUUAACCAGUUAUUUUCAUAUUUUGCUUAAUGGUACUUACAUAGCCUAAAAGAAUUUUUGUACUUCCCAAAGUAUAGUUUCUUUACUAGCGUAUCAUCUAAAUGUGUAUUUUCUAUUUUCCAUUUAAGUUUUACUGUGCUAACCCUGCAAUUUAAUUGGUUGAUCCUUGGAAUCUCCUUAAGGAAGAACACAUGUUAAAAUGACAUACAGGAAUAAAUAUUAAAAAUGACAUAUGCUUCUAAUACUUUUUAUUUGCCUUUAUCUGGAGAAAGAAAAACAAAGAUAUUUUAUGACACAGUUUCGUUUUAGUUUGUGGAUUAGUUGCGUCACAGCUAAGCUUUUUGGGAGGUAAAACUCAAGCCUAUAUAAUUUAUUUUUCUAUUUCACUCAAAAUCUACUUAUGUUACUUAGUUUAAAUGAUAAGCUAUUGAAGUUUCAACUCAGAACAUCUAAAAUAAUUUGUUUAAUCGUUAAAAUAAGUUUUUAAAAAUUCUAAGCAAUGCUUAAUCACUUUUAAAUUAUCAUAAGCUCUUAAUUUAUUAGCUUUGAAUAAAGAACUAUUUUUUCUAGUCCUUCACAUAAGGGAAACUUGCCACAUGAAAUUGUAUAGUCUUCAUUUUUCAGAAGAUACAUUGAUGUGCCAUCAGUUUCUAACUUCUUUGAAAAUAGUGAUUUUUUUUAAAGUCAACUGUAAAUAGUAUGCCUAUUCUAGAUAAAAGUAAUUUUAAGUUAAACUGUACAACAUAGCUUGAAAGUAUAGAGAUUUUGUAAUACUUUACAAGUGGCCUCUGCUAAAAAUAUCUUAUCCAUAUAAUUCUUCUUCUAUUCUUUGCAUGCUCAUUUUGUGUGUUGGUUGUUAGCUUAAAGUUUGUUUUAAUGUUAACUUUUGUGUGCCAACUCAUCAGGCAAGCAGAUUUUCCCUCAGACUUCAUGAUAUUUUUCUUUUUAGGAAAAAUAUAAAAGUAUUUACUUUCAAAAGCUGUGUUAAAAGAACGACAUAUCAGAAGUGCUAGAACAUCUUUGAAAGGAAGAAAAGAUAGAAUAUUAGUUGACUGGGUGAUAAGUGAUGUUAAAUUUGAAUGAUGAUAGUUUCUGUAUUCUAAACUUGAUGAGAAAAAGGUACCAAAUCUAUUGUAAAUGUAAAACCUGCUAUCAUUGAGAAAGCUCUGAACAACCCUGGUUUUGCAAAUAACACUUUGAAAGAAUUUGACCAAUAAUGUAAGUUUGGCUUGUGCUUUAGUUUUGUAAGGCAUACUCUUUUGCUUGAAUUUCUGUGUCCAGGAGAGUUUGGAUGUUUUUUGGUUCUUGAACUAAUUUUAUAAUAUAUUUAAUAUAUUACCAGUUGAGAUAUAAAAUCAUUUGUACAUAUUGAAUUAAAAACCAGUUGCUAAAAUAGGUGUAAUAGACUGAGUACAAUGAUACUUGCAGGUUACCCAUAUGUUCUAGAAGUCGUGACAGAACAACGAAUUUAUUUACACGUCUUUGGUUUCUGUUUGAAGAAAAGUAAAAUGAUAAAGAAACUUGAGCAGUGUAAUACAUGCUCAGAGUUAUUUCCCUAUAAGUAGUAGUAAAGCUGGUGCUGAAGAUUUUUGAUCAGUUUCUAAAAUUUUCUUCUCAAUGACUUAUGUUUUGAUUGCUUAGGGAAGAAUCCUUACUUUUAUUUGCUCUUAUGCAUUUAAUCUGCACGACAGCAUAUUACAGAUUAAUAGAAUGAAAAGUUGUGCUCAUACUGUACAUUUAUUUCUGUGCUUAAAACUACUUGUUAGUUUUUAUUGAAGCUGCCAGCAAUAAGGCACACGUUACUGCUGUAUUAUACAUUGUGAGAUUGAAUAAACAGCUUAAAUUUUUUUCCUGGCAUAAGACACUUAAGCAUUUCCAUUAUUGGAAGGAAUUUGUAUGGGUAUUCUAUAUUGCAUCUUGUUUAAAAGGACAGUCUUUUUUUUUUUUUUUUGUAAAAUCCAUUUUAAAUGGCUUCUAAACUACAUAAUGCAAUAUGGAGCCUGUUUUUUUUUAGUGAUAGUAGUAAAUGUUUUAUAUAGUGCUACUGUGUUUGAAUUAAAGAGAACAAAUGUAAAAACUGAAAUUAAAAAAUUAGGCCCAGAAAACAAAAUAGUGUAUUUAGUUGAAUGUAAAAGAAAUUUAUAAGAUUUUUUUCCUUUAAUAUAGAUACCUCAUUUGAAAAUAAAGCACAGCAUACUUAAAGUAGUUAUAGUUAAAAAAAAAAUCCUACUAAAAGAAUUGCUAAAUCUUGAACAACUCUUGGGGAAUUGUAGUUUGGGAGAAAUAAAAUAUACUUGCUUUUAACCAUCCUGUUAGAAGUAUUUAUUUAUCCUGAUAAUUUUAAGCCAACACAGUAGUCUUAUUUCUGAAUUUCUAAUCUGUGAAAGCAGUAAAUGAAAGAUCUGUUGUGCAACUGUUGAAACAAAUUGUUGACUACAUUGACCAUAAUUCAAUUUAAAAUCUUGCCAAUGAUGUACAGUUUUAUGGUUAAAAUUGCUGUGGUUGGUUGCAUUACAUGACACACAGAACUGUCCUCUACCUCACGUGAAAUAAGUAUUUUAUAUGGUUUUACUAUAAAACAAGACUCAUCUAUCUGGUUACUUAGUUUACAAAUUUUGAAUUAUAUUUAUUGAAACAUGACAUACUGUGCUCUUAGCUUAUACCUCAAUUGUAUUUUGUGCUGUUUUCCAUUUUUCAUGCCUUGUAAAUAACUUGUAUAGAUUGUGGAUCAAAUUCCAAAUAAAAACUUUUAAUGCCAGUGAAAUUGA